AUGAAAACCGCUCUCCGUCUGUCAACAUUCCUGGUCAUCCUGGCAAUGGCCUGCGGCUUCCUCUCCGGCAGCAGUUCCAGCAACUCCUCGCCCAGGAUCUGUUUGAUCGAGAAUUGUGCCUGGAACUCCACGGUUAAUACCUGUGCCCGCUAUGGCAGAUCGAAUCUGUGCAAUCGGUUCAGGAAUAGCUGUGCCCUGCGAUAUAAGAACUGUGUUAGCUCCACCACCUACACCUCGGUCAAUCUGUCCCAAUGUUCCGGAAUAACUGUUGGAAAUCGAGGAACAUGCGGUGGUUCCUCCAGCUCAUCCUCCAGCUCCAACAUUACGCCCAUUAUCAUACGUCGCGGUUAA